CCAGUCCUCUCAGCGCGCGCGCGGGGCCGCCCGACGACGCGGGAGCUGCACGCGCCGGACGAGGCUCGCGGCGCUUCCCGGGAGCCGAGCGCGGGCCGGCUGAGGCGGAGCCCUCGGUGCUUGGGCCACCGGGGACACGGUGGCGGCAGCCGAAUCUGCAACCCCCAGAGCUGCGGCGGCUGUGAGGAAGCCGGAUUCGGGGGGAAAAAAAUGAAGAACGAGAUUGCUGCUGUUGUCUUCUUUUUCACAAGACUGGUUCGAAAACAUGACAAGUUGAAAAAAGAGGCAGUUGAGAGGUUUGCUGAAAAACUGACUUUAAUACUUCAAGAAAAAUAUAAAAAUCACUGGUAUCCAGAAAAGCCAUCAAAGGGACAGGCCUACAGGUGCAUUCGUGUCAAUAAGUUUCAGAGAGUUGAUCCUGAUGUCCUGAAAGCCUGUGAGAAUAGCUGCAUCUUAUACAGCGACCUGGGCCUGCCCAAGGAGCUCACUCUCUGGGUGGACCCAUGUGAGGUGUGCUGUCGGUAUGGAGAGAAAAACAAUGCAUUCAUUGUUGCCAGCUUUGAAAAUGAGGAUGAGAAUAAGGAUGAAAUCUCCAAGAAAGUUACCAGGGCUCUUGAUAAAGUUACCUCUGAUUAUCAUUCGGGAUCAUCUUCUUCAGAUGAAGAAACAAGUAAGGAAGUGGAAGUGAAACCCAGCUCUGUGCCUGCAGCUCCAAGCCCUGUGUACCAGAUAUCAGAACUGAUAUUACCACCUCUUCCAAUGUGGCAUCCUUUGCCCAGAAAAAAGCCCGGAAUGUACCGAGGGAAUGGUCAUCAGCAUCACUAUCCUCCUCCUGUUCCCUUUGGUUACCCAAAUCAGGGAAGGAAGAAUAAACCGUUCCGCCCAAUCCCAGUGACAUGGGUGCCCCCUCCUGGAAUGCAUUGCGACCGAAAUCACUGGAUUAAUCCUCACAUGUUAGCACCUCACUAGCUUCUUUGAUUCUGUUGGUGUAAUGCUGAAACCUUACUACAUGUUACAAGUUAAAAAUUCACAUUCAUAGUGGUGAAGUUAGAUGGACAAAACCAUCAAACUUAUUUUUAUAGAGAAGUUAUUGAGAAUAAUCUUUCUUAAAAAUAUAUAUAUGCACUUUAGAUAUAUUGAUAUAGUUUGAGAAACUUUAUUAAAUAAUUAGUCAAGUGCCUGAGUUUUUAAUAUUGGACUUGAGUAUUUAUAUAUUGUGCAUCAACUCUGUUGGAUAUAAGAACAUUGUAGGAGUGGACUAUUUGUUCUAGCACCUUUGAGCAUUUACUUAGUAAAGAGUAUGUAACUUAUUUAUACACAAGGAAAUCUAUUUUAUGUCAUUACUUAGAAGAAUUGCGUGGAAUCUUGUAGUUGCAAAUAAAAUGUAGUUUGAGGAAUGA